GCAGUCUACACCAUGAGUUCUAUCAACGACUACUUCGACCUGGGAUCCUACAGCCGGCCGAUAUCCACCAGCUCCAAGGAAGCUCAGGCCUGGUUCGAUCGGGGUCUCAUUUGGGCGUACAGCUUCAACCACAAUGAAGCGGUAAAAUGCUUCGAAACAGCCGUCUCGCACGAUCCCGCCUGUGCGAUGGCCCACUGGGGCGUAGCCUUUGCAUCGGGGCCGAAUUAUAACAAGGCGUGGCAGCUUUUCGACCAUGAGGACUUGGUCGCGUCUGUGCAGAAGACCUACAAUGCAUCCCGGCGAGCGAUGGAGUUGGUCGAUAAUGUAUCGCCCUUUGAACGCGGCUUAAUUGAGGCAACGCAACAUCGGUAUGAGCGUGAGCAUGAUGUUGACUGGGACCGGUAUAAGGCCCGCGAUGCAGCCUAUGCAGACGCUAUGAAGCCUUUCUAUGAAAGCUUCCCCGACGACCUGGAUGCAUGCACGCUCUACGCCGACGCGAUGAUGAACAUGACCCCCUGGCAGCUCUGGGACCUGGACACCGGCAAGCCAGGCGAGGGAACCAGGACAUGGGAAAGCAAGGCUGUGCUAGAGCACGGAUUAAGCCUACCAGAUGCCCGAUACCACCCAGGGCUCCUGCACAUGUACAUCCACUGCAUUGAGAUGAGCCCCUGGCCGGAACUGGGGCUGAAUGCCGCAGACGACCUGCGCAAUCUCGUACCGGAUGGAGGACACCUGCAGCAUAUGCCCUCGCAUCUCGACGUGCUGGUGGGCGAUUACCGGCGCGCAAUAGCAUCAAACUACAGCGCCACCAUCGCGGACGAGAAAUUCGUUGCGAAGCAUGGUAGUAUGAACUUCUACUCUUUUUACCGCAUGCACAACUACCACUCUCUGAUCUAUAGCGCCAUGUUCGCUGGGAAAAAGACCGCCGCUUUUGAAACACUCGGUCGUAUGGAGGCUACUCUCCCUGUUGACGUCCUCCGCGUCGAAUCCCCGCCUCUGGCAGACUGGCUCGAGACCUUCUUCGCCGUCCGUCCACACGUCAUGGUCCAAUUCGGCAUGUGGAAGGACCUUCUCGCCCUCCCUUUACCCAAUGAACAGGAUCUACUCUGUGUAACAACCGCAACAAUUCACUACGCCAAGGGCAUCGCCGCAUCCGCCCUGGGAAACAUCCCACAAGCAGAGAAACACCGGGACCUCUUCCAAGCAGCGUGCAAGCGCGUCCCCGCUUCAAGGAAAAUGUUCCCAAACUCCUGCAUCGAUAUCCUAGCCGUCGGUGACGCAAUGCUCGAUGGGGAGAUCAGCUACCGCAGGGGUCAGUACGAGGAUGCCUUUGCGCACCUCCGCGAAGCCAUAUCACGAGCAGACAGGCUGAUCUACUCAGAGCCGUGGGGGUGGAUGCAGCCCGUGCGGCAUGCGUAUGCGGCGCUGCUGCUGGAGCAGGGGCUUGUCGAGGAGGCGGCGGAGAGUUACUGUGAUGAUUUAGGGUUGAAUGGGGUGUUGCCGCGUGCGCAUCGGCAUCCGGGUAAUGUCUGGGCGCUUACGGGGUAUUAUGAGUGUUUGGUGAAGUUGGGGAGGGAAAAAGAGGCGAGGUUAAUUAAGCCUUCGCUGGAUGUUGCGAGGGCUGUUGCGGAUGUUGAUGUUGAGUAUUCUUGUUUCUUGCUACUCCAGGUCGGCCCGUUUAGAUGGCGGAUACCUGGAGAAAAAGACUCCACGUCCAUUCUAAUCGUUGCUGAAUACAACAACGCACCUCAUUGGGGGCGAAAAUGGGACCUGGCUACUCUCCAGCGCCGAGACAAAGAGCGUACCUUCAAAGCCGUAUUGGAUCACUUUCUUAUCCAAUUCGAAGAGAUUGAUCUAAACCGGUGGAUCAAGCCUACCUUCACCGAGCGUAUCCUGGGAAAUGCAUCUCGUCGGCAGAAGAUGAUCUUACGUGACUUAGAAAAAUCCAAGGAAGAAAUUACUGACCUGUUUACUGAGAAAACAGUGAUUGCUCUUGCAAUUCACGCUCUCUUUCUUGUCCAGGAGAUGUCCAUGCUUGAGACAGGGCAACCCCAUCUUACAGAAGAGGAAAUAUUCAAAGACGGAGGCCCGGUGGAAUUCUUCGACGACGAAGACAACUCGCAACCUGGCCCGCCUCUUCCUAAUGUGACACUUGAUAGACAAGAGAACUGGGUUAAAUCAAGUGGCGGUAAAUGCUGUCCUGAUAACGUCCGGCUUCCGAAUGUAUUGGCACAUAUUUCCCAGCUGUCGUUGUCACUGCUGGAUACCCAGGACCCGCGCAAUUGGCCGACAGUAGUUUAUGUUCUCCUCCUGCUUAGCCGUAUUCGAAGGGCUUUAUACCCCAGCCAGCCCUGGAUGAAGAAGAUUCGUAGUGCAGCCAACGCGAUCACCCCGCUAUUUGAAGACGUGGCGCGGUAUUUCUAUGUCUGUACUGAUGGUGGCUUUGUCUUGAGUCCGACAUGGAAUGAGGAGAAGUAUGCGGUCUUGGUAGGGCGCUGCAGGGCGAGUGUUAAGCAGGGGGCCAUACUUCGCAGACUAUGGGCUCGCAAUUAUGCCCCUGUACAACUCGCGGAAUGGGAUAGUUAUGAAAAAUACAGAGGCAUAGAUGGCUUUGCUAACAAGGUGGACUUCUUUUCCAAUGGAUCUGACUGGCCUGAGGUAGCACAAUAGAAC